UGUUCGCUGCGUCUGCUGCUCCGGGCUGAGGCUUGUCGUGCUGCUGAGUCUGAUUCUCCGAGCCUCGGCUUUCGGCGAGAUUUCGUGCUGCACAUCCCUGGCCCUUUCGCUGGUAAUCAGUAGUGAUCGCUUUGCCAAGCGGCAGGAAGAACAAAGGAAUCGAGAGGGAGGCGUUCGGCUCCUGGUUGCUUUGCUCCGAGCGGCUCUUCUGUUCGCUCUGGCCGGGAGAAGCUGAGUUUAUAAUCGUCACUGGAUUGAGCCGCCAUUUGCUUUCCUGCUCGCUGGCGCGUUCUGCAUUGUCCGGCAGCGGCACCUAGAGGCUGGAACUUGGCAUUGCAUUGCAUCUGGUAGAUUUGAAGAGCUGAGUAAGUUACUCGUGUCAGUAACGACUGAUACUUAGGACAGCGUACUUAGAGAAAAGAUUUAGAGCUUAAUUCAAAAUCAAGACAGAAUAGACGCUUAGCUGCUGAUCUUGAGAUUCCUUGUAGUUAAAGAUUUCAACUGCUGCAGUAGCUGGAACUUUUUUAGCACAACCAGCGUGUAUUAGAGCAGAAGUGAGUCACAAAGAAACAAAGAUGAGUAAAAGCAAAGAUGAUGCUCCUCAUGAACUAGAGAGCCAGUUUAUCUUACGCCUACCUCCGGAAUAUGCCUCUACUGUGAGGAGGGCAGUACAGUCUGGCCAUGUCAAUCUGAAGGACAGACUGACAAUUGAGUUACACCCUGAUGGACGUCAUGGGAUAGUUAGAGUGGACCGGGUUCCAUUGGCCUCCAAAUUGGUAGAUCUUCCUUGUGUUAUGGAAAGCUUAAAAACCAUUGAUAAGAAAACCUUUUACAAAACAGCUGAUAUCUGCCAGAUGCUUGUGUCCACAGUUGAUGGUGAUCUCUAUCCUCCUGUGGAAGAGCCAGUUGCCAGUGCUGACCCCAAAGCAAGCAAGAAAAAGGAUAAGGACAAAGAGAAAAAGUUCAUCUGGAACCAUGGAAUUACUCUGCCUCUAAAAAAUGUCAGAAAAAGGAGGUUCCGGAAGACAGCAAAGAAGAAGUAUAUUGAAUCUCCAGAUGUAGAAAAAGAAGUGAAACGAUUGCUGAGUACAGAUGCUGAAGCUGUCAGUACUAGGUGGGAAAUAAUUGCUGAAGAUGAAACAAAAGAGGCAGAAAAUCAAGGCCUGGAUAUCGCUUCUCCAGGAAUGUCUGGUCACAGACAGGGGCAUGACUCAUUAGAACAUGAUGAGCUUCGGGAGAUAUUCAAUGACCUCAGCAGCAGCAGUGAAGAUGAAGAUGAGACACAACAUCAAGAUGAAGAAGAUAUAAACAUCAUCGACACUGAAGAAGAUCUGGAGAGACAGCUACAGGACAAGCUAAAUGAAUCAGGUGAACAGCACCCAGAAAAUGAAGGAACCAGUCAGCUGGUUAUGGGAAUUCAAAAGCAGAUUGACAACAUGAAAGGCAAGCUCCAGGAGACCCAAGACAGGGCAAAACGACAAGAGGAUCUCAUCAUGAAAGUGGAAAAUCUGGCUCUCAAGAACAGAUUUCAGGCUGUGUUGGAUGAACUCAAACAAAAGGAAGACCGAGAAAAGGAGCAGCUCAGCUCUUUGCAAGAAGAGCUGGAAUCACUCCUAGAGAAGUAAAAAGUUUUCAUACUUAGCUUCAUUCCUCAGACUGGUCAGCAUUAAUAAAACCUUGGCUUCACACUUGGACUGACGAUUAAGAUCUUGCAGUAGUUUACACUCCCACUAAUGUUGAAUGUUCUGUUGAAUUAUUAGUUUUUGAUUUUGUUUUUCAGUAAAAUUAUCUCAUUUUUUAGGUAUUUAUCCUAUAGGGAGUAGGAUUGCUUAGACAGAAAAUGAUUGUUGGAAAGUUAUAGGAUUAGUGGAAUGGAUAUUUCAACCUUAAUAAUCACAGCCUCAGGGCAGGGCUUUGCUAUUGUUUUUUUUUUUUGUUUGCCAGAAGCUGCUGUUGCUGCUUUGUGAUGCCAUCUGAGAUCAGUAAGAAAACCUAGUCUGGAGGCAGUGAAGCUAGUUUGCAUAUGUUUUCCCAUGUUGUAGCUAUUUCCCCAGUUUUUCAAAGCAGUUUCACUCAUGUAGAGAUGUAAAUCAUUCACUAAGUUUUUUCUAACAAAUAAAAGCAACUGUUUUUCACUG